AAUAGGAAACGAGGAAUCUAAGUAAGAAUCCAAGUGACGUGGAGGUGGCUAAGGGGGAAGCAUGAAUGAAUGUGAACGAUAAGAUCGGCCGGAAACAGAGAGAGAGCCCAGAAAAGUACACGAUUGAGACACAAUGCAAUUAGUAAAAAAAAUAAAUCUUUUUAUUAAAUAGAAAUCUGGGUGAGACCCAUUUUUGCCGAAAGGGGUAUUUCAAAAGGAGAGCAUUAAGUCUCGACUUCCCUCUGUUUCUUGGCGAGAUCAAACAAGAGCCCUGAUCGAGUUUUCAAGCUCAUUGCUGUAAAAAACUGUUCUUCAUCUUCCCUUUUUGAGCUUACUUUUUAGGCCACUUUCCAGGCCAAGAGCUUGCAGUUGGUAAUCAAUACAUUUGUCGUUCGAUAAAUUGGAACUAAUUGGUUGUUUUUCGCCGAAUCAGACGGGAAUUUAGGUGGAAUUUUCCCUAUCGAUCCCAUUCUGCCUCCUAACUUGGGGGCUCAUUGGAUCUCUCACAUUACAUUGCUGGUUGACAACUCGAGACAUCUUUUGGUUCCUGGGAGCAUGGCCCUCCAAGAAGCUUUCAGCUGUAUGUCGAAAUUCGCUGGGGCUCUAGUGAUAUGGUGCGCCCGUGGCCCCAAUGUCAACGUGAAAAGCAAGUUGAGAUAUAGCAGGAUAUCUGCAAUCCCGGUAGCGGUUAAUAAGAUAUCGAGCUUUGCUUUGAAGCAACUGUCGAAAGAGGCUCAAUGGCUUCAAACGUUUCCCAUGCUUUCGUUGGGGGCUGCAUUGUUGCCACCAUUGGCUAAUGUCUCAACAAAUGUCUUUGCUAUUCCGUUGGAGACUGGCUCUACGGAGCAGAAACAUUGUGAGAUUGAAAGUCGAGGAUGUGGACCCUGCAGUGAUCUUUAUUUACAGAGUCUGGCUUGGGCUAAGACGACCGAGGCCAGAACUGGUGUGGAGUUUCCAUCGAUACUGGACAAUAGUAUAUCGGGGGAAAGUAAUUCCGGUUUCACACCUGAGAUCCUCGUAGGAACUGGAUCGAGAACUAUGACUAUUAUACGAAUCAAAUCUCUCAAAGUCUAUGCAUUUGGUUUCUAUGUUCAUCCAUUUGAUGUCUGUGAGAAAUUGGGUCCGAAGUAUGCUUGCAUCCCGGGGCACGAGUUGAAGAAGAGCCAAGAUUUUUACCAGGAUCUUCUGAGGUCAGAUAUCAACAUGACAGUUAGGGUUGUGGUCAGUUGCAACGGGAUCAAAAUCAACACCGUGAGAGAUGUUUUUGAGAAGUCUCUCCGAGCCAGAUUAUCACAGGCCAAUCCGGAAGCUGAUUUUAGCUGCCUACAAGAAUUUGGUUCCAUAUUCACGCAGAAUAUUCCUUUACGCGUGGGCACAACCAUCAAUUUCAGGAGAACAGCUGACAGCCACCUCAUCACAGAAGUUGAAGGGAAUACCAUAGGAGCAGUGCAGAGCAAUGAUCUUUGCAGGGCCUUUUUUGACAUGUACCUCGGACAAAUCCCUGUUUGUGAGCAAACGAAAGAAGAAAUCGGGAAAAAUGUAGCGAGUCUCAUCAGGAUGUGCUGAGGUAGGGCAACGAAGCCUAAAUACUUGCAUCUAGAUUCAGAAACAACGAGCUCAAUGGAGCUGUCGCUUAUACCGUCUGCUAGGUAUAUAUGCGCUGCUAUCCAACUCAUUAGUCAUGUGCUUAUAUCGAACGAACCCUAUAUACCGUAGAAUAUAUACCGGGGCUCUUAGGGGCGAAAAAUAUCGAAAUUUUCGUGUAAUACCCGAAAAUUUGUGGAAUUUUAUUCUUUUAAUUAAGGAUGAAAUUCUUUUCUAUGUUUUUGUGUUUAAAAUUUGGUGUGGAAAA